AUGACGUCUCCGUUAACGGCUCAAAGCUCCAACAGCUCUCUCCAGAGCGUUUGUGAAUCAGUGCGUCGCAGGGCAUCCUCGAUGGGAAAUGAUUUCAUGCCGUCAGAGUUCCCUGGGAACUUUGGAGGGGUUGUUAAAGAUGUCUAUCGAUCUGCUUUCCCGCAACCGUGGAGCUUCUCUGCGCUCAAAAAGCUUGGCCUUCGGACUAUAGUCACUUUGGUAGACGAGCCUUAUACGCCUGAGCACAUGAGCUUUCUCAAGGAAAUGGGGAUCGCGCACAUCCGUAUCCUUGUCGAACCCAACAAGGAUCCUGCAGUCAAGUCUCCAGACUACGUAAUCUGUCAGGUAUUAGAAGUCUUGCUCAACAAGGCCAAUCACCCUGUUCUUGUCCAUUGCAACAAGGGAAAACAUCGCACCGGCUGUGUGGUCGCCUGCUUCCGCAAGAUUCAAGGUUGGCGCAUCGAAGAUGUGCUUGCUGAGUAUCAGACAUAUUCUUUCCCCAAGUCAAGGCCGCUGGAUCAGAAAUUCAUCAUGGCAUUUGAUGCCUCCCAGCUCUCUAGCGUGGCACAUAUCUCUGGCGUGAAAAUGUGGCAGCCUGCCAGUCUGCCGAAGGCAUUAUCUGAAGAGAAUGCCAAGGAUCAGGCCUCAUCCUCGAGUCGGCUUCUACCCUCUCUGGGCAAAAUAUACGUGACUUGA